GAUGGCGCAUGACAAAGAUACUCAAGAAGUACAAUCACAAUGCACAAAAGUUAUUUGUCAGCACCAAAAUGGUUGGUGUAAUCAUGCGUGUACGAUAGCAAAGUGACCACAAUCCUAUCUUGAUGUAAAGCAAUACCCGGGUACACUCAUUCCACGAACAACGUUCCAACUUUAUGGCUUCACUCGACGAGCUUCCGCCUCUUCCAAAAUCCCUGUCGGCUCUGAUGAACGACAGGGAGCAGUGGAAGGAGAUGGAGAAGCUGCACAUGAUGCGCACGAUGAUUCAGCAGGACAUGACGCAUGGCAGCAACAGGCCCGUCGUCCCACGCGGAAACCUGAACGGUGCACUAGCCGUUCUGCGCAGGGAAAUGGUGCAGCUGCGACAGCUCGACAUGUCGCUGCUGUGUCAGCUGUGGUCGCUGAACGAGUCCAUACAGGACUACAAGACGAACUACGGUGACCCGAUGUACGAUUCGAUGCACUCAGAGCGAUCGGAGCCGCUGUACGAGAACACAAAUGGCGAUGUGCCUCUUGCCUCGACCGAGGAGGACGCUUCAGAUUCGGACGACUCGGACGACGAGGGCGUCCACCGGGAGGCUGUCGAACUUAACAUGGCUUCGGAAGCCAGCGGGGAUGCGGACUCGGAGGAUUCCGACGUGACGCCGACUCACAGCGCGAGACACGUGGGCGAUGACAGAAGAAUAUCUUCGCCGACGCCAUCUGGUGGUUCAGCGAGGAGGUCAAAUUGGGCAUUCUUUGGAGCCGACAUGAACGGGUUUUCCAUAUGAGGGGUUGGUAGAGGAGAGAUUCAGAAAUAUACUGAAUGUGAACUGCAUUUUAAUGUCAUCUGUGCAGCAUUACAAACCAUGUGGCAGUGCCAUGAAAAUAUUUUUUAGUUUGAAAUUUACGUGUUCUUAUUAUCUAUGUGAAUUAAUAUAUUUAGCACGUAGACCCUGUACCAUAUAUAGACACCUAUAUAGGUUGUACACCCAGCUUUUUAAACAAUGUAGAUGAACCAUACUUAUAUUAAUUUUCUAGUGUAUGACACAUGCUAUCUUGAUUUUUUAUAAGUAUUUUUUUCUAAACAAGCUGUUAUAUUAUCAUAUCAGUGCAAUACUGCUUACUUAUAUAAGACCAGGGCCACCGCUGGCAUUUGCCACCUUAGCAAAAUGAGGUAAAUUAAUAACAGUGUUGAUUGUACUACCCUAAGUGGGAAUACAAUUGGCGAAUGGUUUAACUACUUUUAAAAUUACGAUCCAAUAAUGAAAUCAUCAAAUUGCAGUGUCAUGCCGUAAAAUGUUUUCGUACAAUUAUGUUAUAUUAUUUCGUACACAUAUUUUCCCAUACCCAUCACCUGUUUAUGCCUUGCUUAGCACAUACGAUAAAGUGAGCAGUGGCUAGAUAGUUUUUCAUUUGUGGCUAAAUAAUAACUUUGGUGGCUGAAGUCUUGGCACAAAUUUUAAAGCAUCCAGAGGGAGCCCUGUGUGAAACUACAUUUCUACUUAAACUUUGUAAUAUUUUUCCCUUGCUAGUGAAUGUUAGAGAUCUAGUCAGUCAAUGUUGUUGUGAGAGACAAGUAGUUCUGCCUUAAUAUGUUUAUCUAAAUAAUGAAUAUGACAUUAUAUACACUCUUGCAUAGACUUUAGCUUGAAGUUACUACUCAGAUAGGCUGUGGUUAGAGAUGGAAAGUUUGGAUGUCAAGAGGUUCUUUACAUUUGUCAUGUUUUAUUGUGCUGCGGUGGGUAAAAUCAUGAUAUAAACAUGCAUAUUUGAUCUGUGUGUACGUUUCUACUUCCAUCUCGGUACCAAGCAUCAGGGGUGAUAGCAUCACUGGUCACUGGAUCAAUUUAACACAUAGUGAUACACAGCCUUAAGUAUGUCGCCAUCUAGGCAUGGAGACUGUUUUCUCAUGGUUGAUUCAAUGCUGUGACUACUGUAGACUUAUUUAUUUUUAGUUUCUAAAUAUGUAAGAAUGUGUUUGCUACAAUAUGUGGUGUGCUUACGAAGCAGCACACACGUAGAAUGUGCAUUGCUAAGCGUACUUGUAGGAAUUCCCUUAGUGUGUAAGGCAGUUAGGAUUUCAAGACUGCAUGAGGUCGUAGAGAGAGACAAGUUUUUGUGUUUUGUCGAAUAAUUAUCUCUAGCUAUAGGGUAACAUGCAUUUUAUUAAAGUACGUUGAGUUGUUGGAUAAGGGCAGGUAGUUGCAUAUCCAGUAUCAAUACUGUCGGGUCAGCAUCCUGUUUUAAUUCAAAACAUUACUGUCGGUUCUUGCUGCUGCCGAGACAGAACCAGUGAUUUUAUUAUUAUUCAUCAGUUAUUAUGGCAAUCUACGUGUGUUGUUGAAUCAUGUAUGUAUGAAAGCGAUGUGUUGUUUGUUCACUACGUGCUGAGAUACGUAGUUCGUCGUAGAGGAUAUAUACGUAGCUGUUUGUUCACCAUAUCAUUACUGUGAUCAAAAAUACAAGCUUGUUGUGUCUGUGAACCACGUUAAAAACUUGCAGGGCAGUACAGAUUGUUGAGCAUAUAGUAUUACUAUAGUAUAAAGAUGUCUACUUCAGUAAAUCAGUGUUUACAUGCAAAUUUAGUGUUCAUGUAGUUUGGCGUGAAACCCAUUACUACAUGCGUAAGCAUGCAUAAAUAGACCCUUCUAAGAAUAUUAUUCAUAUUGCUAGCGAUAUGGGUAGCUAGUACAAUCCCUGUCUCUACUCUACUCUACUCUAGUCUACUCUACUCUACUCUACUCUACUCGACUCGACUCUACUCUACUCACUUAUCUGAAGCCAAGUAACUACGGUGGUUCUCGUGCUAUUUUAAAAUCUGUUUUAUUGAAAGUUCUCUAGAGCAUCAUUAUUUCUUCUUUAGAUGCUUUAUUUGUUCAACAUUGAAUCUUAUGUACAUCUUUAUACAAUAACGGUUUUAUCAUUAAAUAAUCGUAAUAUAUUCAUAUA